CCCCGUACUUUCUCGCAACCUCAGAUGGUCUCUUUUUUCCCUCUUGCUCCUCUCAUUUCCGCCCCGUCCAAUCCAACAAACCGCGUCGGACAACCAGCACCCAUCGCCACCGACCUCAAAGCAUCCGUCGAACGCUCCUCACGCACUCCAGUCGGCAACGCAGUCGGCAACGAUGGAUUCGCAGCGGCCGAACGAAGUCUCGCCCGAGGCAAUGCAGGCGCGCAUCCAACAGGCGCGUCGCGAGGCCGAGACGCUCAAGGACAGGAUCAAGCGGAAAAAGGAUGAGCUUGCCGACACGACACUCCGUGCUGUGGCCCAGCAGGCCCACGAGCCGGUCCCGAAGAACCAGCUGAUGAAGACGAAGCGGACGCUCAAGGGCCACCUGGCCAAGAUUUACGCCAUGCACUGGUCGACGGAUCGCAGGCAUCUCGUCUCGGCCUCACAGGACGGCAAGCUCAUCAUCUGGGACGCAUACACCACCAACAAAGUCCAUGCCAUUCCCCUGAGAUCGUCAUGGGUCAUGACCUGCGCCUAUGCGCCGAGCGGCAACUACGUUGCCUGCGGAGGUCUCGACAACAUCUGCUCCAUCUACAACCUCAACCAGAACCGCGACGGCCCCACGCGUGUCGCCCGCGAGCUGUCUGGCCAUGCCGGCUACCUGUCGUGCUGCCGCUUCAUAAACGACCGCAGCAUCCUCACCUCGUCGGGUGACAUGACAUGUAUGAAGUGGGACAUUGAGACGGGCACAAAGGUCAUCGAGUUUGCCGAUCACCUGGGGGAUGUCAUGAGCAUCAGCCUGAACCCAACAAACCAGAAUACAUUCAUAUCUGGCGCCUGCGACUCCUUCGCUAAGCUCUGGGACAUACGCGCCGGCAAGGCCGUGCAGACCUUUGCCGGCCACGAAUCCGAUAUUAACGCCAUCCAGUUCUUCCCCGAUGGCCACUCAUUUGUCACCGGAUCAGACGAUGCCACCUGUCGUCUGUUUGACAUUCGCGCUGACCGGGAACUUAACGUCUACGGCUCCGAAUCGAUCCUUUGUGGUAUCACGUCGGUGGCCACGUCUGUCUCGGGACGCUUGCUUUUUGCAGGCUACGAUGACUUUGAAUGCAAGGUCUGGGAUGUCACACGUGGUGAGAAGGUUGGGUCUCUCGUUGGGCACGAAAACCGCGUCAGUUGCCUGGGCGUGAGCAACGAUGGCAUAAGUCUUUGCACCGGAUCAUGGGACUCUCUGCUCAAAAUAUGGGCAUACUGAGAGGAGCCAUGUCGACCUUACCCUGGAAACUUGUCCACGACAAUCGACGUCGCGACUUGACCCGUCGAAUAUGAUGAGUGACUCGCCCAAUGCUCGUAUACCCGUUCAUCCAUACCACCCAAUACCCCUAAUCCGGCAUUCGAAAUUCAGCGACGUUUGGACUGUUACCGGCCGGCUGAAGCAGUCCGACCACCAACGACCCGCCCUACUGGACUUACUACUCUUUGCUUUUUUUCACGUCAUCCUCUUGCCUCUUGGUUUCUGUCUUCGCCACUCUUUUUCGGCAGCUUUCUGGGACACUUCCCGGUCGCCAGACCACUGGAUGGGGCGGCCUGCUAUCACCGGGUGGCUCCUUGGUUGUUUUAUACUUGGUCGUUUCCCGCCGACACCCCAUUUGGCAAGUGGUGGUGGGAGGCCUCCGGAGGAGACAUGAUACACGGGCGACUCGAUGCCAACAAGUUUGGCAUUCGGCACCUCGGACGGGUGCGAUUUCUGGUGCAGGACCACGUGUCUUGGGUUGGCUUGGCUUCCACAUGGACCAAGUUGAACGAUGCAUGUGGCCCUGUUUCUCUUCAUCGUGCUCCUCUCUGACAACCCACCUUUCCACUCACCUUUUAACCCUCCAACCUAGGGCUGAAACGAGAGGCAGGUCGGGCAACGGGCUCGAAGAAAGUGGGAGACUGGGUUGACCCUCCCCUCUCGGCACUGGUCAUGUAUAUUGCACAUAAUGUCCUCACGGCCCGGCGAGGCUCGAGGCUCGAGCUGAACGCUCGAAGAACACUGCCAGGCGUGGGCCAUGCUGUGAGCAUGGGAGGCAGAUUUCGGCUCGGCAAGGGUGAGACUGACCAUGUUUUGUCUGCGUCAGCGAAGAUCGCAACAGGCCACAUACCCUUUGGCGACUGUUGAUUGUUUAUUCCCGCUCUUCUCACUAUUACCACUACUAUUACUAUUAUCUCUACCUGUGUUUUCAGUCACGCUGUCUUGCUUUUGCUAUCUUCUUUUUCCUUUCUUUGUUUCCAGCCUAGCUUAUUGCGUUUCUCUUGCCUGUGCCCAGGUCCUGGUUUGUGGCAGUUGUCGUCGUAUAUGCCGGUUCAAUUUUGUUGAAAAUUUGGGUUGAUUUAUGUUUAUAUCUAUGCGUUGUCUUGUUCCAUGUUGACUUUUUUUAUUAUACGUGAUGUUUUUCGUUCUCUGUUUGAUUCUGCCUCGCCCUUUUCCCUUUUAUUUGUUUUUCUCGUCCAGAUUCCUUCUCUCGCAUUUCUGGUUGUGUAUUCGUGGGGAAAGUGCACUCCCUGAGUUUUGAUAGGACCACCGUUUGCCACUGCCGGCGUCGUGGGGCGUGAAUAAUUCAACAGGCUGGGCGGUUACUGUAUAG